UUUAUUUUUUUAUAUAAGAAGAAGCUGUCAUGAAGUUGCUAACUCAUAACCUCUUGACUUGUAAUAUCAAAGGAGUUAAAAAUGGGUUUCCUCUUAAAAUAGAUGCUACUGAAGUUGUUGUUAAAGAAUCUGAUUUUAAUCCUGAUUUUAUUGCUCGUAUGAUUCAUAAAAUUGAAUGGAAAGCUUUAGUAUCAGCUGCUCAAAAUUUAGGGCAUGGCAAAAGUUUACCUGAAGACAUAUCUGGGCGUGAAAAAGAACUUUGUGAAAAUGAAGAAUUCCUUAAAGACACUCAUCAUGUACUUAUGGAAAUUGAGAUAAUGGAAGGAAACUUAAUAUGUCCCGAAACCGGCAGAAAAUUUCCAAUUUCUAAAGGUAUACCAAAUAUGCUAUUGAAAGAAGAUGAAAUUUAACACACUAUAGACGUGCUCUAUGAGCUUACACAGACCACAGCUAAAGAGCAUUUAACUAGGAUGUUGCCAAUUUUGCAACUGUGGUCAGAACUGUCAAAUCUACACGAUGCCAAAAAAAAAUCCAGGAAAUGUGAUACAAGUUUUAUUUAUUAAAGACUUCUCAGAAAUUGUUAAAGAUGAUUUUUUAAUUAAAAUUCUUAAACAUGGAU